AUGAUCAGAGAAGAAGAAGCAGAAGCAGGAGGAGGAAGAGAUUUGGAAAAAAAGUAGGAAAAGAACAAGAGAAGAAGAAGUGGCUAUAAAAAUCAACAACACGGGUACUUGGCUGUCUGUUAACAAACAAGGUUACACACUUCUCUGAGAGUGCAUGAUGUGAUCAGUGAGACCUUUUGACACCUGUAAGUGGCUGCUGAUAUGGUGGACCUGAGCCCGGCCCUCUGGAGUCCCCAGUUUCCAUAUCCGGAGAGUCUGGGGAAGAUGUCGCCGCAUAUUGUGGACCGUCUUUCAUGAACCUCCACUCUCACAGAACUGCUGUAAGGAUCAUGGAGAAGGAAGCAGCUGAGAAGGAGCGGGGCAGUGUUCCAGACACUGAGGAGGAGUUCCCUGAUGGUGAAUCCAUCACAAUGACCACAUCUAGUCAGUGGAUGAGCAGAAACGCUGAUGCCUAUUCCAUGUCUCAGGACACCUCAAACCCAGCCACGCCACAAGAUUCAGAAUUUGGCGACGCAGAGCUUUUUGGAUCUGUAGAAGCCAAAGAGGAUUCAGAUGAGGCUUCAGAUGGGUAUGAGCAUGACAGCGCUGCAGAAAAUGAAACCUCACAGGUGAUUAAUCAAGAAGAGGAUGAAGCUGCAAAGGAGCAGCACAUGAAUGGAGAGUCAGUUUGGAGGAACAUAGGAAGUGGAAGGCGUUGCAAGCUGAGGAGCAGUGGUUCAGUUCCAGAGCAGACCAGUCAAAGUUCCUUUGCCUCAUUGCAAAAAGGAAAUGUUAUGUCAAGCGGUGGCCGUCACAAGCAGGCACGCAGACGCAACCACCACCAUCAUCAACAGAACCGGAGCCGUAGGCGGACAGGCAGACAGCUUGUUUUGGCUUUCAAGGAGAUGUUAUCAGAGUCUCUCAGCUUCUGGUGCAUCUCCUGUGUCCACAUGAUGAUUGAGAUUAUUGUCACUUUAACUCACAAUUGUGGAGUUGGUGUUGAGACUGGAGGGAUGAAACUUUAUAACUUUGGUCAGCGGCUCUUCAUAAAGGUCACAGAUCUACCAGGAAUGAAGGCGGACGCAAACCGGAUUCUAGAAUGGACAAAAUGUGUAGGAGCUGCCCUGAUGGAUAAAUCUGUUUGGUCUGUGAAAUGGGUGAAGACAGCUGCCUUAUCUUGUUUCAGACUUUUCGGUGCUUUGAUCGUUCUUGGGUAUCAUUGGGCAAAGGCUAUUUUGGUCCGAGUUGGUGGAGAGAGGGGAAAGCGAUAUCGGACAUCUUUUCAGGAGUCCAGGUUUUGGAAGUGUGUGUUGUCUGUUCUUGAGAGAGUUCGAAGUUGGUUCAGGAGAGGUGGCCGUAUACCGUCCUCCACUCCCGAGUCUCCCAGCAAACCAAGUAGAUGCCAGCCAGGCCAGGAGCUGGAGAGACUGUUGGCUUUGGCUGAGGUGCCCGAGGAUGAGCUUGACCCCUUUACAGUGCUCGGUGUGGAGGUGCACGCCACUGAGGCUGAGCUGAAGAAGGCCUACAGACAACUGGCUGUCCAGGUCCAUCCAGACAAGAAUAAACACCCACGGGCUGGAGAGGCGUUCAAAGUGCUGAGGGCUGCCUGGGAUAUUGUCAGUAACCAAGAGACACGACGGGAGUAUGAGUUGAAGCGGAUGGCAGCAACUGAGCUCUCAAAGUCCAUGAAUGAGUUCCUCACUAAACUACAAGAUGACCUGAAGGAAGCCAUGAACACCAUGAUGUGCACAAAAUGUGAAGGCAGACAUAAGCGGUUUGAGAUGGAUCGUGAACCUACUGAGGCCCGUUUCUGUGCUGAAUGCAACCGUUGCCAUAGUGCUGAGGAGGGGGACCUGUGGGCUGAGUCCAGCAUGCUGGGCCUACGCAUCACAUACUUUGCCUGUAUGGAUGGCAAGGUCUUUGAUAUUACAGAGUGGGCUGGUUGCCAAAGAAUAAGCAUUUCUCCUGACACACACCGUGUGCCCUAUCACAUCUCUUUUGGUUCAAAGAACAACAGCAAUGCCACACGACACAGGACUCCCUCAGAACACGGUGCAGGUCCGACCAACCCCGCCGAUUUGCAGGACUUCUUUAACCGCAUCUUCAAAGGUGGACCUUCUAAUGACAUGGCUGCCAAUGGGGGCUUCUUCCCCUCAGGUCCACCCCAUCAUCACCCACCUGGUGCUGCAGCACCCCCUUUCUCUCCUCCACCAGGCCAGACGGGUUUCUAUAUGCCGGGAAGUCACCGUCCAGAGUCCAGCGAGACGUGGGCUGAAAGUGGCAAACCCCCCAGGAGGAGGAAGAAAGCCCGGAAGCCCUUCCAGAGGUGAAAUUGGCUCCUCGGUGUACCAACAUAGCAACACAGGGACACAAUAAUUAAUGGCCAUGUUUGUCUCUCGCCUGCCUGUUGGCAUGCCAAGAUCUGAGCUGGGGAAUAUUCAUGAGGAAAAAGGCUGUGACCAGAUCAGCCAGAGGAGGGAAAGACGUGAUAAUAAAGACAAAACAGAACCUAAGUAUUGAAGGAGAGCUGAAGAGGUGGCAGUGAUGGUGCUUUACCUCGCAUUAUACCUUAUUUUGUGUUAGUCUUUAAGACGACUGUAGCCUUGGCAUUGAAAUCCAUACCAGGAUAUUGCAAUGAAAUUAUUUCCUUUGAUAAUUUCCUAUCAAAUCCUGCAAAGCAUGAUUUACCCACUUCACAUCAGUUAUCUCACUUUUGUUAAUGGGUUUUUUUGUACCAGUUUAAGAUGCUGACUUCAGACAGACUGUGUUGCUGUCAGUGUACGCCAUGAAAAUGAUUAAGGUCUCGGCAGCUUCACUUUAGUGCAUUUAUGAUCUCCAGACCCGUACUUCCACCUUCAUAUUUAAUGAAUGAAUCUAAACCAGUCAAGCUCCAACAUGUAUGAAGUGAUUAACAAAGUCGUGUGUGCAGUAGCCAAAGUUUUGUUGCGCUGACCUGAAGGGACUGAGAAGCUGCCUUUGCAGCGUCUCCUAUAAACCGCUCUCUGUCCACUCAUUCUGAGGAAGUGAUGCCUGAAUUGAAGGUCCUGUUCGUGUGGCAGUUACCAGAGAGUCACAGACCACUCUCUUCAUUAGAAGUUUGAUUUUUUUGCAAGGCCACAAUUAAAAUUUAUUCUAGUUAAAUGAAUGAUUUGUCGACAUGUUUUAUAAUUUUGAGAUACAUGCAUCAAAGUUGCUAAAGGUUACCCGCUGCUUAUUGUUUUAUCCACAAAUGAGAAUUUUUUUGCACAGGUUUAAUUGCAAUUCCUUGGCAUUUUGAAAUGUUGGAGAGUUUAAAAGACCACAGAGUAGAUUUCUGCUGCCCCCAGUGGAUCCUCUGUGUAACCACAGUACUGGCCUUUGUCAUAUGAGUGAAGUACAGUUAACAGCAUUCUGGGUUAGGAAAUGAUCAGAAGACUCAAACUGUGCUGAAUUACGAAGACGCAAACCUGUCCUGUUUGUAAAUGUGUUUUUAUCUUUGCUUUACAGUAUGUUGAAGAGAGCAGCAGUUUAAAAUCCUAUUUCACACACUUACUGUUCUGUUGUCUUAAGUGCCAUGUUAUGCCAUCUGUGCUGUUUAUUUAACCAAAAUGUCUGUCAUGAAUAACCCUAAACCCAUCUCAGGACAAGUCAGUAAAACAAAAAAAAAAUGUGAUGAAAAAAUAAAUGUUGUGUUUUAAGUAAACACUCAAACUCUAACCAUGAUGAAGGAUCUCUGCGAUUCCUGGCAGUUCGUGAUAAAGUCUGACUGAUCUGUAUCUGGUCUGAUGAUGUGUCAGCGUAUGUUUUCUUGAACACAAGCUCAAAGGGAGAAGUUCACAUUUCAAAAUGUCAAGGUCACAGAUCUUUUUGAAAAUUUGUUUCGCAUAAAGAUUUCACUUUAAUUUCACCACCAGGUUGUAAUUCACCUGAUAUAUGCAGAUUGAGAAACUGUAUUCAUCUGAGGCGCUUGAUAAAGGCUGUUUUUUACAUUGCCAGAUGAUAAGAAAGACCAC